AGUGUCGAUGUGACGUCACUUGAUGAAGUCUCUUGUUUCAGCCCAGGCCCCGGCACAAUCUAUAUACAUAUUUAGCCUAUUUAAAAAAACGUAUACGUAUAUAUCGAUAUAUGUAUGUGUAAAAAAGACGUCUGCCAAAGUAUUUGAUUCUGCUUGCUUUAUCCGCAGACGUCCACGGGGUUUCUUGUCUUCAGAGACGCGGCGUUCGAACAGCUGACCAGAAAAAGGCCGAGACAACUGCAAGGAAAAUAAAGUCCGCGGAUCAAAGUCGAAAACAACACGUUUAUUGACUUGACUUAAGACUCCCGAACAACCAGAAGGAAACCUUAACCCGAAUCAACGAUCCCAAGAUCUAAAAAGAAUCUAAAAAGUUAAACCGCUUCAAGAAAAGAAAAAGUCAACGAAAUCCUUGUCUAAUAUUAUUGAUGAGUUUUGGGGAAAUGGACAUCACCAAGUAUUUGUUGCGCAUUGGUUUCAACCAUCCCACCGAACCGACCUUAGAGGGGCUGCGGUCGCUCCACAGCUUCCAUCUGCUGGCGGUACCCUUCGAGAACCUCACGCUGCACUGCGGGGGGCGGCUGAGUCCCGACCUCCACGCUGUCUACGACAAGAUUGUAAACCAGCGUCGGGGAGGCUUAUGCUAUGAGAACAACGGCCUCUUCUCUUGGUUGCUCUCCAAACUGGGCUUCGAGGUCACCAUCCUCUCAGGCCAGGUGAAGAACGCGAUCACCGGCUGUUACGGACCCCCCUUUGACCACCUGAUCUCCAUGGUUAGUCUGAAGGGUCGGCGUUGGCUGUGUGACGUCGGCUUUGGGAGUGCAGGUUUCAGCGUGCCCCUCUCAUUGGACGCCUGGGGUGAGCCCCAGACAACGGGCCAGCGGGUGUACCGGGUCAGGGAGGAGGGCGACCAACGCUUUCUGGAGUGGCGCGGGGAACCUGGUCAGGUGACGGACGGAGAGUGGAAGGGGAUCUAUAAAUUCACUCUGGAGCCUCGCAUGAGAGACAACUUUACCGCGAUGUGCGAUUAUCACCAGAGCUCCCCCUCUUCCAUCUUCUUCUGCAAGUCUGUUUGUACACUUCUGAAACCUGACGGAAGACUGACCUUAGUGGGGCGCACGUUGACCACCACCACCUUCCGCACAGAUGAGAGGGCCUCAAGACCAGCGGGCGGACGCUCACCGAUGAAGAGAUUCCUGUUGUUCUGGUAAAGAUGUUUGGAGUUGUGUUGCCGUCUCCCCUCAUCACGAAGGACGAGGACGUAUUAACCCCCUCGGUCGAGUACUGACCGGUGGUCCAGAAAUACAUAUUCAAUUACAUUACAAAGGCAGAGAUAAAUUCUCGGGUUGAUUUAAUAAAUUAAUAUACAACACUUUAAGAUGUACAAUGGUCAUCGCAGUAAUUUUCAUAUUCUUUUCUUUUUUAAGACAACAAAGUUUGUGUUCAAAGUAUUUACACAUGUACAAUUCUCAGGCAGGACUUUCCAAAGCAAGGCGGGUACAUCGACACAGAUACUGGGAUCAACACAAGUCCUGCACCAUUCCCGUCUCGCUCUCCCUUGCCUACAAAAUCUAAAUCUUGGCAUCAAGUAUCUCGCACGUCAUGGGGAAUCAGCCAAUCAGCGACCUCUAGGGCCGUCCAGCAGAAUGAUUGA